CGGCUCCGCCGCUCCGACGUGCUGCUGCAGUGGGCCGACCAGGGCAUUGACGCGCUCAACUGCCUGUAUGGCCACGCUGGUGCACCUCCGUCGGCGCCCGCGAACCUGGGGCAGCAGACCAGCCUGAACUUUUUGGAGGACUGCUACCUGGGGAUGGGCGCGAUGCCGAGCGAGCCAGGUUUUUGUGAAGAAGCCCUCCGCGAGCUUCUCAGUGGCUCCACCGUCUACGCUGAGGAUGGUGGCGCCCGGGUCCCGUGCUCGAAGGAGCUGGUCUCCUGGCCUGAGGUGGGUUCCAGCCCCGUCGACCUUGUGGGCUGCCUCACUCAGGAUGAUGCUGAUUGGGCACGGGAUUGGCCACAUAACUUGCUCAAGACGCCCGACGAGGCGCUGCUCGGGGCCCGACAAGCUUGCCCUCGCGGACCUUUCGUCGACCCUCGGUUGGCGCGGGAUCCAGUUUUGCAUGGUGACUUUGUUCGGCGGCUUCAUCAAUGUGGAAUGUUGCGCUUCAAGGUGGCCUCCACUGCCAAGCACAUGAUUGGUGUAUUUUUUGCGAGGAAGAAGUCCGGCAAGCUUCGCAUAGUGUUCGACACGAGGUACGCCAACGCCUUCUUCCACCCGGCGCCCGCGACGCGGCUGCCCACGGCGGCCGCGGUGUCUUCUGUGGAGUCGGGCGGCUUGCCCCUGUGCGUGGCGGCUGGCGACCUCGACAAUGCCUUCUACCGUCUCAGGCCCAUGUCGGGCUUAGAGGACUACUUCACGCUGCCCCCGCUUUCCUCGUCCCUAGCGGGCAUCGCGGAGCUGGAGGGGGCUGUGACCAUGCGCGCCAUCUCGGUGGCGGGCUUCGCGGACUCGCAGAUCGCGGAGGACGGUCGUUCCAGCGUGGCCCUGCCCGCCCGCUCAGACACGGCGGCGGCGGGCUACGUGGGCAACUUCUACGUCUUCGGCCACGACGCCUCGCUGGUCACGCAGCGCCGGGACGACGUGUCGGCCGUCUUGCGCGGGUGGGGCUUGACAGUCCACGAGGAGACGGAUGCCUCCCCCGACGCCGUCCUGGUGGAGCUCCGGCAGGGCCGCUGGCUGUCUAUCAAGCGCCGCAACCUGUGGCGGCUCCGUGCGGCGCUGGACACCGUGCUACGCCGGGGCUGCUGCUCCAGCAAGAUGCUUGAGGUGCUGGUGGGCCACAUCACGUGGGCCUGCUUGAUCCGCCGUGAGCUGCUCUGCGUGCUGAGCUCCGUGUACCCGUACAUGGCGGCCGGCCUGCCGACGACCUCGCGGCUGUGGCCCUCCGUGCGCCAGGAGCUGUGGCUCGUCCGCUCGCUGCUCCCGCUCCUUCAGAAGGACUUGAGCAGCCCGUGGCACGACGUGGUCGGAGUGAGCGACGCCUCCGAGUUCGGAGUCGGCGUCGCCGUGCGGUCGGCGCGGCCGGACGCUGCGGCGCAGCACGGCCGCCAGUGCGAGAGGUGGCGUUACCGAGUGCACGGUGCCGAGAAGGCCCGCGAGAGAGCCCUCCGCCCUCAGCCUCUACCAUCCUCCGCAUACGCCACAGCUUCGCUGCCUGCAGGACUGCACGGCCUGGACGUCUUGGGGCUGGAAUCCUUCAUCAGGUUGCACCCAAGGGAGUUCAUGGAGGUGCCCAAGGAGUUCUUCGACGGGGCUGGUUCACAGGGCCUUACCGACGCGCUGCUGCCGCCCAGCCUGGCUGCUCUCGUGCGGGGCCCCCUGAGGCUGACGGGCCGACACCUGCAGGAGCCGGGCUCGAUGGCGGGUGCCUCGGCCUCUCGCCGCCAGGCGGAUCGCCACCGCAGAGCUGCGGCGGCUCGCCAGGUGGCGUCCGAGCGGGGGCCCUCGGGCGGCCUCUCGGUGCUGGAGCGGACGGCGGUCAGGCCGGGCACGGAGCGCCUGUACCAGGUGUACCUCCGGGCCUUCCUGCAGUUCUGCCUCGUCAUGGCCAUCGACUGGACGAGCGAGGCCGAGAUGGACGUCGCCCUGGUCACGUACCUGAACUCGAUGUACUUCGAGGGCCGCGCCCCGAACGAGGGCUCUGUGCUGCUGGCGUCGCUGGCGCACUACGCGCCGGCGCUGUACAAGAGGACGGCGCAGGCCUUGCCGAGGGCGACGCGCUGUCUGGCGGGCUGGCGCCGGCGCGUCCCGGCCAGGAUGCGCCUGCCGCUGCCGCGCCGGGCCGCCUUCGCCAUCGCCGGGGCGCUGGCUGCCUGGGGUCAGCCGCGCAUGGGGCUCUUCGUGAUGCUGUCGUUCGCGGCCUACCUCCGCCCGCAGGAGGCCUUCCGCCUGGCCGGGCGUCACCUCGUGCCGCCAGUGGCCCACCUGGGGCAGGCCCCCACUCCGUGGGGGCUGCUGCUGCACGACUCCGACUUGCAGCUGCCCGGGAAGACCAACCUGUGGGACGAGAGCGUGCUGCUGGACCAGGCGCCGUGGCUCGAGCCAGCCCUGGAGGCGCUGAGGACUGUCGCGGGCGACGGACCCUUGUGGGACUUCCUGCCUACGUCGAUUGCUCAGCUCUUCGAGGAUGCGUGCCGCGCCCUGGGCCUGGUGCACUUGCAGCCGCAUCUGUACUCCCUCCGUCACGGGGGGGCCAGCGAGGAUCUGCUGUCGGGCGCCAGGACGCCGGAGCAGGUCAUGCAGCGGGGUCGCUGGGCCACGGUGGCCUCGCCCCGCCGCUACGGCAAGGAGACCCGCCUCCUCCGGGAGGCCGCCAAGGUGGACCCCGACGUGCUGCUGUUCGGCGAGAUCGUGGAGCGCGACUUCCUGGACGUGCUGCGGGGCGGCCCCUUGCUGCCGCUGGCGUGGGCCGACCUGCCUGCGAGC